AGAUGUACGUCAUCCUGUGCAUGAGCACGGGGCUGGAAGUGGAAAGCUGGCGCCAAACGCAGACAUGUUGAAAGUAGUUCUGAAUCUGCUGUAACUACUGUUCACUGCGGCUAAAGCAGUCUGUAUUAAAUGUUAACUUUACCGCUGUUCACCCAUUCAAAGUGUCUGACAGUGGAAUCGGAGCUAAGAGGAAUUUUCUCCAGUGUGCAUUUUUAACACCGCGCUAGUUAAUGUUGCUAACUUGAGUUAGCGGAAACAUAAUGCCUUCACUGAGUCUGCAUGGAGUGACGGUGAAUUUCCCUUUUCCUCCAUAUGACUGUCAGAAAGACUACAUGGUCAAAGUGAUUGAAUGUCUUCAGAAGAAGGUGAAUGGGGUUCUUGAGAGUCCAACGGGCACUGGUAAAACCCUGUGCCUGCUGUGUGCCACCUUGGCCUGGAGGGAGCACUUCAAGGACACCAUUUCUGCCCGCAAGAUAGCAGAGAGGCUGGGCAGGGAGGAGAUGUUCCCAAACACACCACUGUCAUCCUGGGGAACAGCUGCUACAGAGGGUGACACACCAACCUACUAUACUGAUGUCCCAAAGAUCAUAUAUGCAUCCAGGACACACUCUCAGCUUGCACAGGUUAUCAGUGAGUUAAAGAACACUUCAUACAGGCCAAAGGUGUGUGUGCUGGGGUCAAGAGAACAACUGUGUAUCAACCAGGAAGUGAUGCGUCAGGAGAGCAACCACGUCAAGGUCCAUAUGUGCAGAGGAAAAGUUUCCACCAGGUCAUGUGUCUACUACAAUAAUGUUGAAGAGAAGAGCACUGACAGAGACUUGGUGAACUCUAUCCUUGACGUGGAAGACCUAGUCAAAUUCGGCAACAAACAGAGGGUCUGUCCUUACUACCUUUCCCGUUCCUUGAAGCAGCAAGCAGAUGUCAUUUUUAUGCCGUACAACUACCUGCUGGAUCCAAAGAGUCGCAGGGCGCACAAUAUUGAGCUGCAUGGAGCUGUGGUCAUUUUUGAUGAAGCUCAUAAUGUGGAAAAGACAUGUGAAGAGUCAACAUCAUUUGACCUGACCCCCUAUGAUGUAGCCUCAGCCAUUAAUGCUGUAGACAGGCUGCUGGUGGAGCAGGCUAAAGAAGCCAGCCAUGGAGACUCUGUCACUGAAGACUUCAAUGUAGAGUCCAUCAACUCUGGUUUAAAAAUAGAAAUAGCCACCAUUGCUAAAAUCAAACAGAUUCUACUGGAUCUGGAAGCCGUCAUUGAUUCCUAUGAUGUUCCAAGUGACAAAGGAAUCACAAAACCUGGAAUCUUCAUCUAUGAGAUGUUAGAGAGAGCACACCUGACCUACAACAGCAAGACGGCUGUCUAUGAAGCUCUGGAGCAGAUCAAUGGAUACUUAGCAGGGCAGACAGGAAUAUUCCUGAACACAAGUGGACUGCAGAAGCUGGCUGAUAUCAUACAGCUGGUGUUCUGUGGUGAACCAUCAGAAAAGGACAGACAACAGCAGAUGCAGUCCAACACAGCUUGUUUUAAGGUCCAUAUCCACAGAGACACCGGCUUUCACAGGAAAAAACAGAGCACCGAUGUGUGGGCUUCAUCCUCAUCAAAGAAACAAGGCAACAUUCUGAGUUACUGGUGCUUCUCUCCUGGCUUCAGCAUGCAGGAUCUGGUGAAUCAAGGUGUUCGCUGCAUCAUUCUGACCAGUGGUACCCUCUCUCCCCUGUCCUCAUUCACCUCUGAGAUGAGGAUAGAAUUCCCAGUAUGUCUGGAGAACAGCCAUGUGAUUGAGCGGGACCAGAUCUUUGUUAGCAUUAUUGAACGAGGCCCAGAUGGAGUGCAUUUGAGUUCAGCGUUUGAUAGAAGGUUUGUUCCUGAAAACAUGGCAUCUUUAGGCAACACUGUUGCCAACCUGAGCCGUGUGGUUCCUCAUGGUCUGUUAGUGUUUUUUCCCUCCUUCCCUUUAAUGGAAAAAACUCUGGACUUCUGGAGAGCUAAUGGACAUGCAGAUCGUAUUGACAACAUGAAGCCCAUGUUUGUUGAACCUAAAGGCAAGGGCACCUUUACUGAGGUUAUUGACAGCUACUACAACAAAGUCAGUGAUCCAGCAUCCAAAGGGGGAACCUUCUUUGCUGUGUGUCGAGGGAAGGCUAGCGAGGGUCUGGAUUUUGCAGACACCUUUGGUCGGGGUGUCAUCAUCACUGGCCUUCCCUUCCCUCCAAAGAUGGACCCUCGAGUCCUCCUGAAGAUGCAGUUCUUGGAUGAGAUGAGCUGGAAGAAAGCUCCUGGGCAAAAGUACCUGUCUGGGCAGGAGUGGUACAGACAGCAGGCUUUCAGAGCUGUGAACCAGGCCAUCGGUAGAGUCAUUCGCCAUAAAGAGGACUAUGGAGCCAUCUUCCUGUGUGAUCAAAGGUUUAAGAACUCUGAGGCCCGGGCUCAGCUUCCAUCGUGGGUUAGGCCUUAUGUGCGCCUGUAUGAUGGCUUCGGGAAUGUGGUCCGUGACGUCUCUCAGUUCUUCAGGGUUGCACAGAAAAUGCGGCCUGUGGUAGAGAAGAAGACUGCUGCAGAGGGUUGUGGGAUGAUGUGUUCACCAGGCACUCAGUCUUCUAGCUUCACUUCCUGCUCAUCCUCCCAAAGCUCCCACACCCAGAAGGCGAAGAUGUUGGAUGCCCACCUUCCAAGCCUGAAGAGGAGGAGGCUCAAUGAACACACUGGAGCCAAUGGCAUGGCCAGGAUCUGUAUUGAGUAUGAGUGGGAGGUGCAGGAGAGUCUGAGGAGACCAGCCAACCUGUUGGAUGCUCUGGAGCAAGGUGACCAUCGCAGUGGAAAGGACAUUGAUGCUACUGUGGGAGAGGACAAGGCAAACCGUUUGUCCACACUCUCUCUUCAAUAUGACAAGAGGAUGGAUGAUGAAUUGCGGGGAGGAAAGCGUAAAAUCAAAUUGGUCCAAGAGCAGAAAAUUAGCAUGUCGGAGGAUGUGUCUGAAGAAGGUAAAGCCAGCAGGGCUAAGACGUUCCUGGCAGAGAUGAAGAAGUCACUGAGCCAGGUCAACUUUGACCGCAUCGUACAGGCUCUGCAGACCUACAAGAAGACUGACAACCUGGAUGUCCUGCUUACUGAGACAGCUGUCUUAACUGAGGACACUAAUACUCACAGUCUCCUCCGCGGCUUCUACCAGUUUGUUCGCCCACAUCACAAAAAGAGGUUUGAUAAGAAAUGCCAGGAGAUCACUGGGCAGGGCUGUGGCUACAAACCGGAUCACUCACUGUCUAAGGAUAAGAAGAAAGAACUGAUGCUGCAGAAUGCCAGACAGCCUGCUGUUGGUCUAACCCCCUCCAGUGGGACAUCUACCUGCACUCAGCUCAAUACACAGCAGCUCAACAAAGGAGGACACCACCUCAACCAGCAAGGAUUAAGAAAACCUCAGACUGGUUCUGCUCCAAAGAAUGAGGUCCACGCUGCUUUUCUGGCUGAUGUGAAAAAAGCUCUUGGAACAGAAAAAUCAGCUCAACUCUUUCAGACCAUUCACAGCUACAAGAGGACAGACAACUAUGAAAACCUGGUGACCACAGUGGUGAGCUUAUUUACAGAGAGAGAUAAGGACUUCAACCUCCUUGUCAGAUUUGGCAUGUUUCUUCGUCCUCACCAUAAGAAGCAGUACAAAGAGAUGUUGGAUGCUUUAAUAGGUCAGUCAGCAUCUGCUGCUUAUGUUCCUGUUGUGAGUGAAGACCAGCAAAGCAAAGCUUCAUCAUCACCUCCUUUGAGGACACAGCGCAAGAUUUCCAGUUUUUUUCAAGCAGCCAAAGAAAGUAUAAUCUGAGAUACUGCUGACAAAACCAUAAACUAGCCAAGCUCUGUUCUGUGUCAGUAAUCUGACUGUGUAGGUAUCUGAAAACUGAAGCUGGAUUUGUUGUGGUUGGGAAGUACUCUAGCAGACUGAAUUGAGGAACCAGAAUUACUGUUGUACUCAAAAGUUUCUCAAAGCCAAUUACAGUGAUAUCUGUAACUCCACAUAACACUCAAUACUCUACAACAGUACCCAAAACAUGAUCCUGUGUUUUUCUCUAUCUACUCAACAUUGAAGUAGAGUAGAUCACUAAUUUAAGAUGCAUUUUGGGACAAGGACUGUAAUGAGAUUGUAAUGUAACUGCAGGUAAAGCACAGUGCCUGCUCUCUCUUACAUCAAUGUCAUGAAAAGUCAAUGUAAUGAGAAAUAAAACAUGUUUUUUUUUAAAUUCU